UGGUAACUCCCUCAUAAAUAUGUACUCAAAAUGUGGUUUUCUUAAGGACUCUGCUCAAGUUUUCUACGAGAUGUCUAUAAGAGAUUCUGCAUCAUGGAAUACAUUAAUCAGUGCUUAUGGGACUCAUGGUUCUGGAGACAAGGCUUUGAAACUUUUUCUUGAAAUGAAAGAGGGUGGGAUAAAGACGGAUUCCAUUGCAUUACUUGCAGUUUUAUCAGCAUGUAAUCACUGUGGUCUUUUUGAGGAGGGAAAGAAGUUUUUUGAUGAAGCGUCAAGGGAUAAAAGUUUCUCAAUUACUGUGGAACUCUAUGCUUGCUACAUUGAUCUCCUGGGAAGGGCUGGUAAACUAGAAUAUGCUAGUGAGGUCAUUAGCAGAAUGCCUACGAAACCAAGCGACGGAAUUUGGAGUUCCCUGAUCUCCUCUUGUAAAUUACAUGGAAGACUGGAAGUUGCAGAGCGUUUGGCUCAUAGACUCACCAAAUCUGAACCCGAAAAUGCUGCUAAUUAUGCUUUGUUAAGCUUGGUGUACGCUGAAUCUGAAAACUGGCCCGGGGUUGAGGAUGCAAGGUGAGACA